CCUUCUUGGCUGAAAUCAAAGUACCCACUUCUCUCACGCCGUUCUCCCAACACCCCCCUCCCCCGCGUAACUUUGGCAUGAUCCGCCUGCGCCGCGCUGAGCAGCCACCGCUUUCCUUCCUGCAGAUCUUCAAAUUCCUCUACUCCUCAGCCAACGGUUUUUCCUCCACCACCUCAGCUACCGCUUCACCGCCGCCGGACGACGAUGCCUUCGCUUUUGCAGGAGUUCAAGAUCUUCAUCUCCUACUCUCUCGCCCCUCCUUCAAUCCUUCCCUCUGCCGUCAGAUUCUCUCAAGCCUCUCACCCCGUCGAUGUGAAGUCCUGCUCACCCAGCUCCUCCCCUCCGUCCCCGUCAAUGUCGCCCUUCGCUUCUUCUCCUUCGCCUCGGAUCAAUGUGGGUUUUCUUUUACCCUCCGUUCAUACUCUCUCCUUCUCCACUCCCUUCUCAGUUCCGGCUUGGUUACCCCCGCUCGCCUGUUCCUCAUCCGCCUUCUCGACCCUUCCAGCUCACUUCCCGUCAUCUUUGAUGUUCAGGAUCGCCGUCUCCACGAGCUAGUGGAGGCGCUCACGGUAUCCGCCCCGCCGGAGACUACCCAAAUGGCCAUUGACGUGCUGGUGCACGUUUGCGCUUCUCAAUUCUACCAAGUCCCAAGGCUCGCCAUGGAUGCAUUCCAGUUGCUUGUUGCCCGUGGGAUUUGCCCGACACUGAAAACUUGCAAUUUUCUUAUCUGUUCUAUGGUCCGAACCAAACAGAAUGAGGACGCCUUCAAGGUGUUCGACGAUAUGCGAAGGUUUAUUUCACCGGACGUUUACUCUUACACACCUGUUAUUGACUUGCAUUGCAAGAUUGGCAAUAUUGAGGAAGCAUUUGCCCUGUUUAGAGAAAUGGAGAGUACUAGGGUUUCUCCUAAUGUUGUUACAUACAAUGCUCUUCUUGAUGGGCUUUGCAGGAAAAAUAUGUUGAAAGAGGCCAUUGCGUUGAAGAAGGAGAUGGAAAACAGAUUUGUUAAGCCAACUGUUAUGACUUACCGUUCUAUUAUGAAUGGCCUUGUUAGAGCUGAUAGGUUUGAGGAUGUGGGUUGUCUCUUCAAGGAGAUGAUAGAGAGGGGCAUUGCUCCUAAUGAGUUUAUUUAUAAUACCAUGGUAGAUGGACACUCUAGUAUGGGUCGAUUUGCAGAGGCUCUGAUGUUGAAGGAUGAGAUGAUGGCUAAAGGGAUAGAGCCUAAUAGGGUUACCUACAAUAUGAUUAUGAAAGGUUUGUGCAACUCCGGAGAGAUUCAACAGGCUGAGAGUCUAUUUAAGGAAAUGUUGAAGAACAAAAUUCCUUUAGUUGCUGGUGAUUUUAAUUUACUCAUUUCCUGGAUUUUGAGAUCAAAUUCAAGACUUGAUUCUGCAAUUUGGUUAUUUUUGGAGAUGCUAUCUCAGAAAUUUAAACCGAAUGAUCGACUUUUGACAGUACUAAUAAAUGGGUUGUGUAAGAGUGGGAGGCAUCAUGAAGCUGUUGGUUUUUGGUGCAAGUUGUCAGAAAAUGGUUUUAUUCCCAACAUAGUAACUUCUAAUGCUUUGAUUCAUGGGCUUUGCAGGUCCCGAAGUAUGAAAAUGGCUGUUGAAGUUCUCAGGAUGAUGCUUGAGAAAGGAAUGGUAUUGGAUAAUAUAACUUUUAACACACUUAUAUCAGGAAGUUGCAAAGAAGGAAGAUUGGAAGAAGCAUUUAAGCUUAAAGAAAGCAUGGUUAAACGUGGUCUCAAAGCUGAUAAUUUCACUUAUAACACACUGAUGCAGGGGUUAUGCAAUUCAGGAAGAAUAAAUGAGGCCAUUUUAGUUUUGAAUGGAUUUGAAAAGGAGGGUUUGAUCCCUGAUGUUUUUACAUGCAGUAUAAUAAUUGAAGGAUAUUGCAAGGUCAAUGAAGUAGAUAAGGGAAAGCUGUUCUUAAGAGAAUUGGAUAAGUGGAAUUUAAGACCAAACUACGUUUUAUAUAAUUCACUUGUCGGUGGAUAUUGCAGGAAUGGUAAUUUAAAGGAGGCAUCCAAUCUUCUAAAUGAAAUGAAAAUCAAUGGAAUUACAAGAACUGCAGUGACUUAUUCCAUCCUUAUGCAUGGAUUAUGCAGUAUAUGCUCUAUGCAAGAAGCUAGAGAUGUUCUCAAGAUAAUGAGGGAGGAUGACAUCACACCAAAUGUUGUAUGCUAUACUUUACUGGUUGAUGGGUAUUGCAAAAUCGGUAACGUUGAAGAAGCACGCAACAUAUUUCAGGAAAUGAGUGCUAAUGGUAUAGAUCCUAAUAAGCUUACCUACACAGCUUUGAUGAAUGGAUAUUGCAAAGUUGGAAACCUUAAAGAAGCAGCAAAUCUUUUUGAUGAAAUGGUAACUUGUGGGAUUUAUCCAGAUGCUGCUACUUACAGAGUACUAAUGGUGGGAUUCUGCAAACAAGGCAGUGUGGACGAGGCUUUUAGAAUAUCUCAACUGAUACCUCAGAAAUGUCAUAUGUUGGAUCAUACCCCCUUAAAUGCCGACGAGGUGUUUACAAGUGCAUUUGAGAUGGAAUAAAAUUCAAUUAGCAAGGGCUUCCUGGGUGGUCAGCAUGUUAAGCUUUCUUUACCUGAUACGCCAUUUGAGUUUGAACAAUUGCUAUUGAAAUAAAGUUUGAACAUGUGGUAAUAUGCUACCGCUUGUCAAGACUACUGAAUUUACUGAUUACUCAAACAGGAGAAUUAUGAUCGAUUCAGAUUUUCUUAUCUGGGGACGCUAGCGUGUGUAGAUAUUAGCUGGAUUGAUGUUGUUGGGCACAAGGCAACUAAUUUAAAAAGGUGUUAUUGAAGUCGUUCAAUUUUCAGUUUGAUUUGCCUACGGAAUUGCACUACUCGAGCUGCUCCGCUGCGUUAGAUGGUAGAGGCAGCCUUACAAAUGGAAAUCUUCGUAGUUAAUGAUUUCAACAACUUGCUAAAUAAAUGAGUUGCUAUAACUUCUGUUUGAAGCUCUGCAAAUUUUCUUGCAGUAAAAAUGGCUCACUUUCUUAAGACAGAUGAAUCCAUACCCCAAAUAAUGGAGUAUUUCUCAGCAGACAUCACAGUUGAUGAGAUUAACUUAAGUGGUAAAAAUACCAUUCUGAUUUAUUGUACAGUAGCAUCUAUUCAUUCAUAUAAUGUUAUUUGUUUAUAAUUCCAACAGCGUCACAGUUUUCCCAUAUGUGAGUCUUCUUGUUCCGACUUCGCUGUGAGGUCUUGUAAACAAUGAAAUAAAAUUUCUUCCAAUGUAUUUCUUUGUGAAAUGCUUCAUAUAAAUAAAAUUACUAACAUCUUUUUGUGCUG